UGGGGAUUUAUCUUGAUUAGAUAUUCCUAAUUUCGGUUAAAACAGUACUGAAUUCCGUGUGACCAUACGAAGUAGAUGAGACAGGGGUCUGCAUCUCUUCGUACUCUGCAAGGGAAGAAUUUUGGAGGAAAUUCGAUUGUAACAGCAAGUACCCAUUAAAGAAGAAAAAAAGGAAAGAUCCCAAUAGCAACAGGUGACGUCACAGCUGUCAGUUGCGCCAGGCCAUUUUCGCGUAGCAAUUCGUCAGUGCGCUUGAGGAUUGCAGACUGUGCAAAGCUCUGUUCCGUUUUCAUAAGACGCUCCACUCGUGCUCCUUUGCAACCACCAUGCGAUGCAAACUCUGCAGGAAUGAUUAUGAUUCCCGCCGCCACUUGCCGCUCAUCCUGCCCUCCUGUGGCCACACCUUCUGCAGGAUGUGCCUACGGGAACUCGAGGAAGAGGAGACCCGUUUUGACUGUCCCCGCUGCGACACGUUGCAUAAAAGACCCUCUGUUAGGAAUCUACUAAUAAACCGGGACUACCUUGAUGAUGAUGAUGAUGAUGACGAUGAUGAUGACGAUGAUGAUGAUGAUGAUGAUGACGAUGAUGAUGAUGACGAUGAUGAUGACGAUGAUGACGAUGAUGAUGAUGAUGAUGACGACGACUCUAAUCAGGUCGCCAUCUACAGGCCUUCAAGUGCUGCGGGCCAGAGUUACAGUACUGGACAAAGGGGUUUCAAAAUUGUUGGUGGCGUUAAUCUCGGAUUUGAUGUAGACGAAAAUGGCGUAAGUCUCGGUGUCAACGUCAGAGGGGGGGUGGCGAUCGACGACUUCAAAGCGAUUGGCAGCGCUGGGAUAGGCGUUCAGAGAGGCCUUCGCGGUGCCAUGAUUAACGGUCAGGCUGGCUUGGCUGUAGGAUUAGGCCAAGAUGCUUUUAUAUGGGGUGGCAAUGCGAAUUUGGGCUUUGAUCCCCUUCCGCGCAUUGGAGCGAAUAGCUCGUUUCAGUAUACUCCAGGCGGCAGUCGGAGUAUCACGUUUUGAGUUAAUGAAAUGCCAGAUGAGCCAGAUUCCCUGCGGUUGAAUGUCUACAUACCUAAAGAGCAAGCUGCAAUGACGAGAAAGAAUCGAACGGGAGUUUUCAACUGAGCAGCGGUCGCUAAGGAUCUUACUCUUAGUCCUCUUCUGUUUCCUUCCCAUGACCGCGAGGCGGCUUAAUCACAACAGAAAAUGGUUCAGCGCUUGCUUGAUUUUUUUCUUUUUCUAUUUAGUCAGCCAGUUUUGGAGAUCAGAAUCAAUUAAACAUUAUCUAGAAUCAUGGUAGGCAUAAAUUUUGAUUAUUUUAUUGUGUAGAUACAAAAAUUGAUAAAUUGUCCAUUUGUAGCAGGGCCUUAGUACGCCAGCUUUUAUAUUAGUGUUUUAGUUCAUUAUUAUUGGUUGCACAAAAAAUAUGUAUUUGAUCUUCAUGUCAGUAUAUCAUAUUAAAUGUUGAAGGAGGA